ACCUCCGCGCAUCCGGCUCGCGCAGACGUCACCAGCGCGUUUCAUGAGGCUACGCAGUCACCGAGCACCGAAAACAAACUGCAGCCACCUUUUACAGUUCCUCCUGAACCAAAACAGUGAGCUUGUGCUGCUUUCACGCCAUGUCGUAACCAUAAUUACAAAGUGGCAACUCGUGACGUUCUACCAAACUCCCUAGUCUUUGGUUCUACCCGGAACGUCCUCAUAAUCGGAUUUAUGCAUUUCUAUGGCAACAGUAUCAAAUGACUCUGCAAGUACAAGACAGAGCUCUUCGAAUGUCAAAGUUCAGCUGGGACGUUCUUCCUAAACUGCAGUGAUAAUGAUGCUGAGCUAAAUGAGUCUUCUUGUGGCUAUAGCAAACCUACACAAGGGACUGUCUCUCAGGACUUUUUCUUCCAGUUCCAUCACCUGACGGACACACCGGACUCCUGCAGGUUACCCAGCUGCUCCAACAGACCCUGCACAUUAUGCAGUUCUUGUUAGAGUUCCUUUUUACCCCACUGUCCACUUCAGGACUGGUGUUUCUGUUCAGCCUUGCAGCUGUAGCCCUGGUCCAUCUCAACACCAGGCCGAAACCACUGCAGCCACCCACAGACCUCAACCAGCAGACUGUGGGCGUUGCGGAUGGCGCUAGAAAAACAGCACUUUUGAAAGAUGACAACUUGAUCUCAUAUAUGUAUGAGGAUGCCAAAACUCUAUAUGAUGUUUUUCAAAGAGGACUACGUGUCUCAGGAAAUGGACCGUGCUUGGGGUAUAGAAAGAAGGGGAAACCUUAUCAGUGGCUUAAAUACAAACAGGUUUCAGACAGAGCUGAGUUCUUGGGGUCUGGACUUCUCCACCGCGGCCAAAAGCCAUCACAAGAAUCCUUUAUUGGCAUCUUUGCCCAGAACCGGCCAGAGUGGAUUAUCUCAGAGCUGGCCUGCUAUACUUAUUCCAUGGUGGCAGUGCCUCUCUACGACACCUUGGGACCUGAGGCUCUUGUGUUCAUCAUUAAUAGAGCAAAGAUAUCGACAGUGAUAUGCGAUAAGCAGGAUAAAGCAGAAAUACUGCUAGAAAACUGUGAGAAAAACCAAACACCUGUGUUGAAAACCAUCAUCCUCAUGGACCCCUAUGAUGCAGCAUUGACUGAUAGAGGCUCUAAGAGUGGUGUGGACAUCCUGUCUUUAAAAGAUGUAGAGGCCUUGGGAAAGGACAACCAUCACAGGCCAGUUCCACCAAAGCCAGAAGACCUAAGUAUUAUUUGCUUUACCAGUGGAACCACAGGGGAUCCAAAGGGAGCCAUGCUGACCCAUGAAAAUGUGGUAGCAGAUGCAGCCGGUGUGGUUAGGACCUUUGAGAGCGUUUUUGUUCCCGUUCCAUCCGAUGUGUCUAUCUCGUUUUUGCCGCUGGCGCACAUGUUUGAAAGAGUUGUACAGACAGUGCUGUACAGUGUAGGGGGAAGAGUUGGGUUUUUCCAAGGUGAUAUCAGACUUCUACCGGAUGACAUGAAAGCCCUGCAGCCCACUGUAUUCCCAGUGGUUCCACGUCUUCUGAAUCGUGUUUAUGAUAAGGUUCAGAGUGGGGCCAAGACUCCAUUAAAGAAAUGGCUUCUGAACUUUGCCAUUGAAAGGAAAUGUGCAGAGGUCAAGCAGGGCAUUAUCAGGAAUGACAGCAUGUGGGACAAACUCAUCUUUCACAAAGUGCAGGAGUCUUUGGGGGGCCGUGUGAGAGUGAUGGUGACGGGGGCCGCUCCCAUUUCUCCAUCUGUUCUCUCUUUUCUUCGGGCAUGCCUCGGGUGCCAGAUAUUUGAGGCAUAUGGCCAGACAGAGUGCACUGCGGCGUGCUCUUUCACCAUACCAGGAGAUUGGAAAACCGGGCAUGUCGGAGCUCCUAUUCCAUGUAAUAUUGUCAAACUUGUUGACGUUGAGGAAAUGAAUUACUUCGCAUCCAACGGUGAAGGAGAGAUUUGCGUCAAAGGGAAGAAUGUGUUCCGCGGAUAUCUCAAUGACCCAGAAAAGACAGCAGAGGCUUUGGACAAAGAUGGAUGGCUGCACACUGGAGAUAUUGGCAAAUGGCUGCCUACUGGAGUGUUGAAGAUAAUUGACAGGAAGAAGAAUAUCUUCAAACUCGCCCAAGGCGAAUACAUUGCACCGGAAAAAAUUGAAAAUGUUUACAUUCAAAGUGCUUCAGUCGCCCAAGUGUUUGUGCAUGGUGACAGUUUACAGUCCUCAUUGGUGGCCAUAGUGGUGCCAGACCCUGAAAUAUUGCCAGCUUUUGCAGAAAAACUGGGAGUGAAAGGUUCACUAGAGGAGCUAUGUAAAAAUCAGGAAAUCAAGAAAGCAAUCAUCUCUGACCUCAUCAAGCUGGGACGUGGAGCUGGGCUGAAGUCCUUUGAACAAGUAAAAGACCUGUACCUGCAUCCCGACAUGUUCACUAUAGAAAACGGUCUUCUCACUCCAACACUGAAAGCCAAACGGGCAGAUCUCGUAAAAUUCUUCAAAGUUCAGAUUGAGAGUCUUUAUGCUAACAUGCACUAAAAAAAAAAAAGCUAUCCUGAUAUCCUGCGGUGUAACCCGGGUUCACAUAUUUAUGAGUGCUUUUUGUGUUAUGUUUUUAUAUUUGCUUGAAGAUUAAAAUAUUUUGUUAGCAUUGCACUGCAUCAACCAUCUCUACAUUUAUUAAUAUGUGCCCAAGAUACUUUCAUUCAUCAUUACAGCCGAAAAGAAUACAUGCCUUUUCUGGAUAUAUUAUUAUAAAACAAAUGUACAGCCUUAAGAGAUUUUAAUGAAUACCAAAGAAUGUUAAUUUAUUUUUUUCCCCAAGGAAGAAAAUGUGAAAACAUUAAUACAUCAAUGAAACAAACAAUUAUAUUUACAUAUAUGUGCUUUGUGGAGUAGAAACUAAUUUUGCUGUUGCUUUCCAUUAAAAAUACGAAGGAAAUAAAAUUAAGAAAUUAUUUUACA